CAACUAUAUAUUUUGGCUAUGCUCAAAAAGAAGAUUGUAAAUGUACAUACUCAGAAAGUCAAAUACCAAAAAGAAUAAGUGAAGUGAGAUCUCAAAUAAAUUGGUAUUCAUAUGAAGAAAACACCAAGAUUAACCUUGAUAUUAAUAAAUAUAAAGCAAAUAUAAAAAUUGAACACUUAAUAGCUUAUGAGCAUUCUACAUAUUGUGAAAGUAACUUAUCACAAAAUGCUAUAGCUUAG